AUGUGGUUCUAUCGGGCGGGCGCCACCUUUCUCUUCGUUAGGCUAUUCCUUCUGCGCAGAUCAGUGAACGCAGAACAGCAGCAACUGCUUGCGAAGGAACCCGCCAUUCUUGCUCAGCAGCCAGCCGAAGCGAGAAAACUGCAUGAUUUCACUUGGCGUUCCGCAUUCUUCCACGAUCUCGAUGACCUCGAAGUGCCUGGUUACAUAACUAUCAAUGAUAUCGUCACGGCAUUGGGCAGCAGACCCGUCCCGCAGCCGCUCGCAGUUGCUGCAAAGCCAUGGCAGCCCGCUGUCAAGUCAGAUUCCGACCUGGUUGGAGUAGCCGCUCCAGAGCGCCACUCAGUCUUUGCUCCUUCCGGGCCUGAUGUUUCGGACCGCGCAACAGUCAUCAACCUGGCCAAAAUGACGUCGGAUGCGUACGUCCUUGAUCCUUCACAGCCUGACUGGCUCAACACGAGCCUGAAGUUCAACUAUUCAUCAAGCUUUGGUUGGGAUGGCGAUGGUCUCCGAGGCCAUGUCUUUGCCGAUACGUGGAACAAGACGAUCAUCGUUGCUUUCAAGGGCACCACGGUAGAUCCCCGAGAAAAAUGGCGGUACUCCGACAGAGUCAACGACAAUUUGCUCUUUAGUUGUUGUUGUGGGUCGCAGCGGCCUGACCCAUACCCGUACCCACCAGUCUGCAACUGUCCCUCAGAUACUUACCAGUGCAACGAAACCUGUUUAAGCCAGGAACUUGGACAGAAAGACCGCUAUUACGCUACGGCACUCAGUGUCAUGUUAAACGUGACGGCGCAGUUCCCAGGCUCCGAAUUCUGGGUUGUCGGUCAUUCGCUCGGCGGCGCUGUGGCCUCGCUGGUGGGACAUACAUUCGGCUUGCCGGUCGUGACCUUCGAGUCACCUCCCGAAAGAUUGCCGGCACAAAGACUUGGUCUUACAGGUUCCAACGAGCCUCCGACAUACCACAUCGGCAAUACUGCUGAUCCCAUAUUCAUGGGAGCCUGCAACGGGUGGCAAUCGUCCUGCGGUAUUGCAGGAUAUGCUUUCGAAAGCCAGUGCUUCACAGGCAAACGAUGCCCUUAUGACACGGUUGGGGAUCUGGGAUGGCAUUUGAGCAUUGCCAACCAUCAAAUCAACACCGUCAUCUCUGAAGUCUUGGAGAAGUACAACACCACCCCGACCUGCGCCUCAGACCGAGACAGCGAGUGCGUGGACUGCUACAAUUGGAACUUUAACACCUCAGCAUUUCUUUCGUAG